UGAGGAGAGGACGCGCGCUGCUGCCUCUCACAGUUCUCUGUCUUGGCUGAGGCGCGCAGCGGCGCUGCAGAGCUCCAGCUCCCCGCCCGUCAUCUCCCGGACCCCUGGACCCGGACCCGCGCCCCGGAGCCGCCACUGUCCCGCACGCGGAUCCAGCGAGGACGGAAGUGACUUUCCUCACAACUGGAUGGUUGAGCCUGGCCCUCCCGUGCUGCUGCGCCUCGCGUCCCGCGGUGAUGUCAGCAUGGCGGGCGUCGGCGUCAAAGUAGAGCAAGAAGAGUCGAGGAGAGCCGGCAGAGUCCAGCCCGACGCCCAGCCUCUGAAGAGCUCUCCCUCCCGGGACUGGUCCGGGAAUCCGACGCUGGAGGCCCGACAGCUGACGCCGCCGCUCUCCUGCUCGCCGCUGGACGACUCGCCGGGGAAGGAGCUGCUGGCCCGACAGAGCCCGACCGGACUGAGGGAGGUCAAGAAGUACGAGCAGCUGGAAGCACAGUCCAACUUCAAGGAAGUGAUGCCGACCAUUGAGAAGCUGCUGAACUCUGACUGGAAGGAGAAGAUGCUGGACUCCAGCUCGCUGGCUGCAGCUCACCUGAAAGGUACCCCGGAGUCUCUGGCCGAGAAGGAGCUGCAGCUGCUGCUGAUGAUCAACCAGCUGAGCGCGCUGAGGGAGCAACUCCUCGGCGCUCACUCUGAGCAGAGGAACAUGGCGGCGCUGCUGCUGGAGAAGCAGCAGCAGCAGAUGGAGCUGGCCCGACAGCAGCAGGAGCAGAUCACGAAGCAGCAGCAGCAACUGAUCCAGCAGCAGCACAAGAUCAACGUUCUCCAGCAGCAGAUCCAGCAGGUGAACAUGCCGUACGUCAUGAUCCCGGCGUUCCACACCAACACCCAGCCUCUCCCGGUCGCCUCCGACCCACAGAUGGCGCUACCUCUGCAGCCCAUCCCGUGCAAGCCUGCCGUGGACUUCCCCAUGCAGCUGAUGCCCUCGGGGCUCAAGAGGAGCAGCGGCUCCUUCCGACAGGAAGCCGGGCAGCCCCUGAACCUGACAGCCAAGCACAAGGCCCCGAGCCGGGCCCCGAGCCCACAGAGGACGGUCGCUGAGGAGUCGCUGGGGCCGCAGCGGGACGUCCACAGGGGGUGCCACAGCCCUGCCAGAUCUGCCCUCAGUUUCCUGGGCGACGGCGACGUGGUGAGUCAGGCCAUCCACAGCGCGCAGCAGCUCCUGCGGAGUCACGGCGCUGGAGGACGAGAGCGCCUGGUGGAGAGAGAGAAGACGGAACACAAAGAUCUGCCUCGCUCAGAGAAGAGUCUUCAACCAGAGGGCCACGAGGACAAGCUCGCGCUGAUGUCUACGGAGGACCAUCUCAGCAGUGACUCCGAGGGCCUCCUGUCCGCCUCGGCUCCAGGCAGCUACUCGGAGUCGCGCCAGCCUCCUUCCUCCGGACACAUCAAGCGUCCCAUGAACGCCUUCAUGGUCUGGGCCAAGGACGAGCGGCGCCGGAUCCUGCAGGCCUUCCCGGACAUGCACAACUCUUCCAUCAGCAAGAUCCUGGGCUCCCGGUGGAAGUCCAUGUCCAACCAGGAGAAGCAGCCGUACUACGAGGAGCAGGCGCGGCUCAGCCGCCAGCACCUGGAGCGCUACCCGGACUACAAGUACAAGCCCCGGCCCAAGCGGACCUGCAUCGUGGAGGGUCGGAGGCUGAGGGUGGGCGAGUACAAGGCCAUGAUGAAGAACCGCAGGCAGGAACAGAGAGUGUCCUUCCCGCACAGUCAAGGCGACGCGCCGCCGCAGGUCCACUUCCCCCACAGCGGCGAGAGCCAGUACCCGGGAGGCGCCGGCUCCGUGGCGACCCUCCCCUACCACCCGGUCAUCCUGGAGCAUUACAUGCCGCCAGCCUCAGCAGCGCCGCGCGGCGCCCCGGGCGGGUCCUCGGAGAGACUCCAGGCAGGGUGCGCGUACAGCGAGGGCGAGGAGAGCGACGGGGCGGAGCGGAGCGAGGGGGAGCUGGUGCUGCUGACGGACUGACGGACUCUGCUGAGCCGGAUGUACAGACGUCGACACGCCGGCCUCGCGUCCACUGAGGUCAGAGGCCAGCACUGACUCUGCUGGUGCACGUCGGUCCUGCAUGGGAGGCUGUUGCCUCCAGAACACUUGGCGCUACAGUGUUUCACUCCGACAUCAAUUCGGUUCAUUAAAACCCCAGAAAUGGGACUCAAAAUUGCUUGAUGCCUAUGUGCUUAAGUCAGGAGCUCGGGUUUGGUCCCCUUCAGUCUCCAGUUUCCUCCUGAAACUGCUGAAUAAAUGACCUGAUAAAAAUGGCAUUCCUCGGAGCCAAGACCAAGUUAUUUCAAAGAAAUAUACAAGUAGAAGGACAAGGUGAAACAUUGUAAAAACACCCUCACAAUGAAGGGAUGAUCAAUGUCCCGCAGCAACAGUGUCAGUGAGAGGAGGUGAAACGCUGCAGCGCUGACUGGGGACACACAUUUCACAGCUCCGACCUUGGCUCUCAGCUCAGAGGUCUGUUUGGUUCCUCCUGCCCCGCUGAUACUGUACAUAUAGAAGAGAUUUAUUUUGUUUAUAAAAACGGCUGUAACUUAACAAUGUACAGUUCUGUAUGUUUGCAGAGUUUUGUGGGGUUUUUCUUGGAAGGAAAUACAUACGUUGCGCUAAGAUGAGUGUUGUGUGAUUUGUUUUUUGUUGGAGCGCGUCUCAGAACCUCCCGCAGGACGGGCUCUAACACGGUCCAGCAGAACAGCAGUUCCCAGCAAUAUGUCAGAAACAGCGUCACGAUCACAGGGACUUUAUUAGUGCCAAACAGGUUUCAUCCAAAUAAAGGCUCGUGAUGUGAGGUUUUAUGAAACAGCACUGCAGGGUGGACGCAACGGCCACUAGAUGGCGCCCUUGGUUCAGAAAUGACGUGAGG